CACACUCUGACUCCGGGUCCUGUUCCGUCCGCUCUUUCACUUUGCCGUCGCGCUGGGAGUCGGAGGCUGGCGGCCGCGCACACAACCAGUGCUGAGGAGCGAACGCACGCCGAGCCCCAGCCAUGAUCCGCCUCCUGCUCUUUGCCUGCUCUGUCGGCGCGGCGCUGGCCAGCGACGUGAUCGAGCUGACGGACGACGACUUCGAGGAUCAGAUCGACGACCACGACCUGGCCCUGGUCGAGUUCUUCGCUCCCUGGUGUGGCCAUUGCAAACGUUUGGCCCCAGAAUAUGAAGCUGCUGCCACUAGAUUGAAAGGAAAAGUUCCUCUAAUUAAAGUUGACUGCACUGCAAAUACAAACACAUGUACCAAGUAUGGAGUUAGUGGGUAUCCAACUUUGAAGAUAUUCCGUGAUGGUGAAGAAUCUGGGUCUUAUGAUGGUCCAAGAACAGCAGACGGAAUUGUCAGCCAUCUGAAGAAACAGGCAGGACCCAGCUCUGUAGAAAUUAAAACACUGGAAGAAUUGGAGAGUUUCAUUAAUGAUGCUGAUGCUUCAGUUGUUGGUUUUUUCGAAGACCCUGCCAGUACCCCCCAGGCAGAUUUUCUUAAAGCCGCAAGUGCAAUGAGGGAGAACUACCGUUUUGCUCACACCAACACAGAAGAACUAAUUAAAAAAUAUGACAUUAAGAAUGAAGGCAUUAUCUUGUUCCGACCUCCGAUAUUAGCAAACAAAUUCGAGAGCAGCACUGUGCAGUAUACGGAGGCAAAGUUCUCAAAUGCAAAAAUAAAAAAAUUUGUUCAAGACAACAUUUUUGGUAUCUGCCCCUUUAUGACCGAAGAUAAUAAAGACCAAUUAAAGGGAAAGGACUUGCUGGUAGCAUACUAUGAUGUGGAUUAUGAAAAGAAUCCAAAGGGUUCCAACUACUGGAGAAACAGAGUGAUGAAGGUUGCUCAGAAGUUCCUGGAAGCUGGUGAGAAGCUACGUUUUGCCGUUGCCAGUCAUAAAACCUUUGGCCAUGAGCUUUCAGAAUUUGGCUUGGAUACUGUCAGUGGUGACAUUCCUGUAGUUGCUAUCAAAACGGCAAAAGAUGAAAAAUAUGUAAUGCAAGAGGAGUUCUCGCGUGAUGGAAAAGCAUUGGAGCGUUUUCUUGAGGACUACUUUGCUGGUAAAUUGAAACGUUACCUGAAGUCUGAGCCAGUUCCAGAGACCAAUGAUGGUCCUGUGAAGAUUGUAGUAGCUGAGAACUUUGAUGACAUUGUAAAUGAUGAAACAAAGGAUGUCUUGAUUGAAUUUUAUGCCCCCUGGUGUGGCCAUUGCAAGAGCCUUGAGCCCAAGUAUAAAGAGCUUGCAGAAAAGGUGAGCAGUGAUUCCAAUAUUGUCGUUGCCAAAAUGGAUGCUACAGCCAAUGAUGUGCCUUCACCAUAUCAAGUUCAAGGGUUCCCCACAAUUUAUUUUGCGCCAAUGGGUAAAAAGAAGAGUCCAAAGAAAUAUGAGGGAGGCCGUGAAGUUAAUGACUUCAUAAGCUACUUGAAGAAAGAAUCUACACAUCCUCUGGCUGCUGUGGUGGAAGAAAAGAAAUCCAAGAAGAAGAAGAAGGACAAGGAAGACCUGUAAAUGACUGGAAGCAGCUCAGAUGCUAACAUUGUUAUGCAAGGAUUAAUUGGAACCAGGGGUUGGGUUUAGAGAUUUGGUGGUGGUAUAGUCACUUCUAAGAGGAUUAAGUCUGCCAUACCAGUCCCAUUUCUGUAUCAAUUUUACGAUGCACUAUCAAUGAGUUACUGAAUCAAAAGGGGGCAGAAAUCCAGGUUUUGUUUUGAUCUUAUUUUGUACUGGUGAAUGUUUUUGUACAUUUUGAACAAUAAACCCCUUUAAACCAAACUGAUUGCAAUGCACUGUAUUGCAGAGCCACUUUGUAGCAUGUUGUACAUUUUCAGUUUCAUCUCAUCAGAUGGGGGUUUUAAUUUCAAUUAAACAAGUGCAGUAUAUGGAACUAUUCUGUUGAAGUGAAGGCACAGCCUUCCAUGUUUCUAAAUUGUACAUUUUUGAGUGGUAGUUGCAAUACCAGGAACGAACUUAAACUGUUAUCUGGUAGGGGUCAAACGUUCCAGUGAUAGCAUCUGAUAAAGUCACAGACAUCCUGUUUUCUAAUUUCUUUUCCUGCCUGAACUGCCAAACGGUUAAAUAAUUGGAUGUACUGAUGGCUGCAGGAAACAAGUGUCUGAAUUGUAGCUUCCCAUUUUUCUCUUCUGGGUAACUUUGUGGAUGAUCUAAAAGUAUACUAGCAUAUUGGCCCAAAUUGCUACCAGUGGUUACUCAUGGCUGUCUACUGGUGCUGUGCAAAGUGAGGUUUGGGAGUGUACUUGUGCAUAACCUUGACUGGAAAACAUCCCUUGGUUUUGUAUUUUAGCCCCUCAGUCUUUGAUUGUCCCUAUUUCUGCAUAACUUCUGAAUUAGGAUAGGCCACUAUCUUCAAAUUGUUGGUUGGUCCUUGUAGAUUGCUUAUGGCUGUUACACAUUUAUGGUAAUGAGUCAUUUAUCUUCACAGGUGAUACUCAUCCUGAUGACAACAUUCAGAAUCAUGAGAAAUUGCAGGGCUUGGUACAAUUCAGUCUGAUUACUAUCCAUCUCAAAACUGACAAUCCCUGAGUGCAGCUGUGAAUGUUACGAUGUCACUGCCCUCCUCAAACUCUGCACCUGAUGCAUUUGACCAUAACUUUCCAUGGUCUUUCAUUGAUCAAUUAUUUGGCCCUUGCAAGAAAACUUGCUGUGGAAAAUAAAAAGAUUCAUUCAAAAAUUCCCCUAAAGAUCAAUCCUUGGGCCCCUCCACUUCUGCCCAAAUAUGGUCAUGUCAUUUGUAGACAGCUGAACAAGGAUUGUUACACAGGAUGAUUCUGUGGUUAGAAAUCAUUGAUCAGAAUGGAAGAAUAUCUUCCACUGAAUAUGACACUUAAGAAAAAAUAUGAAGGCCUUGGAGGAUCCAGAAUGGUGCCAGCUGGAUAGAAAUGAGAGAAGCUGCGAGGCUAGACUUGUUAAGAGUAUAAGGGGUAAAGCAUUUAAUAGAUGAUAAUAGAGGCUCUGAUAAAUAGGAAUGAAUUGCCAGAAGGUGGUAGGUGAUGAACAGGCAGUCUUAAGCUAACUGGCAAAAAGAACCUGGGAUUCUGGAGAUAUUGGCUGAAAUUGUGGUUCAAUGUUAAAGAGAAUGAGACAAAUGCUUAGAUGUACAGAGGUGAGUGGAAUUGAUAGGUGCAGGGCACAAUGGGUUGUAUCUACUGAUUUAUACCAUUGAGCCAGACUUGUAUUUGAGUUUAGAUGGUUAAUGAGGCAGCUCUUGGGUGAUUUAACCUACCAUACAUAGCUGUGUAGAUACAGAGCAGAUAAAGCUACUAACUGAGAGGGUCUAACGAAACUGGACAAUUCAAGAGGGGAAUUGAGAAACAGAUUAUUGGACAUCUGGACUGUAAAAUGCUGGGUUAAUUGAAAAUUUCAAUGCCUAAUUGGAUUAUCAGAUUAGCAAGUAAAAGCAGCUGAGAUGUAACUUUGUCUUGAAUGUGAUUGCUUAUUCUGCCACCCAGCUCUAACCAUCUUAAAUCCUUGGAACAAAUGUAAUUUGAUAAAUAGUUUUGGAUGAGCUUUAAUUUCAACUAGCCACACAUGGGAAAGAUGGAAGGCCAUUGAUUUUGACCUCUGCUGUCUUUGUAAUCAAUAUUCCAGCUCCCCACCUCGUGUUUUGGGAUGAAUCAAAUUAGUGGCAAUCUUGGCACAAGAUUAAAAACUUGAAUAACUUCAUUGUUUCUGAAGAGUCCUAAAAUAGCAUUCUGCAAUUGUCCAGAAUGUCAUUUGAAAAUUAACUAUUGUUGUACUGAUAACUGUUUUGGAAUAAAAACCCUUAUUAAACAAUUGACUGAGUGAUAAUAAAGCUUUGGAGUUAAAACUGAAUUCAAUCUGAUUGUUAAAAACGAUUGACAAAGACAUUUGUUAUAUUUUAGCUCAAAAGGUCAGGCAAAGUAGCCAAAUGAAGAUCAUUAAGACAAAAUGUGAUUUUUUUUUUCAGUAACCAGACUGAUCAAGGCAAAAAUGUGGUUGUAUUACAUGUAUGGAUCAAUCUUUUUUAGGUAUGCAAAGCAACUCCUGUUAAAUCAAAAAAGUUGACACGUGUUGAACCUUAAUUUUUUUUGGUACAGCAUUACCAAGGCAUAUUGACAACAUUGGAGAGUGCUGAAUGAUGGAAUUUGGAAUCUAUUAUGAAGACAACCAAUUGAACUGAAUUUGUGUCUUUUGUGCAAACAUUGUCACUGAAAUAUUGAGGAAUAAAUAAAUGCAGACUUGGCCAGUGAA